AUCUCUCUCCUCCUCCGGCCUCCACAGUCUGGCGCUCUCGGCUCUUCUCACCGCGCAGCUUUUUUCAAUCCUGCUCCUCUAACUCCAAGUGUCCGGACACAAACUGCCACAUUCCUGAGGACAACUUUCAGUACUGCUCAUGAACUUUUCAUUCCUACCGACCAGAGGAAACAUUUGGAGAACACCUGGACACUCUUACUUCCUGGUUAUAUAACUUUUGUUGCACUUGAACGUCUCCUUUACAUUCCUUAAGACUUUGGCUCGUGACGGACAUCCGUUUUUUUUCCUCAUUCAAAUCAACGAUUUAAGUCGUUUUUCGCGUUUUAACAUUAUCCUAAACAGACCAAAUAAGCAGGAGGGGUAGUAUCCUGCGUUUUUUUUUUGCACAACCCAGAAAUAGUCUUAACUGUGUUUUUUCUACUUGUAGUCUUAAAUUAAGUAACAUAACAGUCAACAAUGGCAGGUAUGAACUCUCUGGAUGCUGUGAAGAGGAAGAUUCAGUGUUUGCAGCAGCAGGCCGACGACGCAGAGGACCGGGCUCAGGUCCUACAGAGAGAGCUGGACAGUGAACGGGAGCUCCGAGAGAAAGCGGAGGGUGAUGUAGCAGCUCUGAACCGUAGGAUCCAGCUGGUGGAGGAGGAGUUGGACCGAGCCCAGGAGAGGCUGGCCACAGCACUGCAGAAACUGGAGGAGGCCGAGAAGGCAGCAGAUGAGAGCGAGCGAGGGAUGAAGGUGAUAGAGAACCGAGCGAUGAAGGACGAGGAGAAGAUGGAGAUUCAGGAGAUGCAGCUGAAGGAGGCCAAACACAUCGCAGAGGAGGCCGACCGUAAAUACGAGGAGGUGGCUCGCAAGCUGGUGAUCCUGGAGGGAGAGCUGGAGAGAGCUGAGGAGAGGGCCGAGCUCUCAGAAUGUAAAGCCAGUGACCUGGAGGAGGAGCUGAAAAAUGUGACCAACAACCUGAAGUCCUUAGAAGCCCAGUCUGAGAAGUACUCAGAAAAAGAAGACAAGUAUGAGGAGGAGAUCAAAGUCCUGACUGACAAACUGAAGGAGGCUGAAACCCGUGCAGAGUUUGCAGAAAGGACAGUGGCCAAACUGGAAAAGUCCAUUGAUGACCUGGAAGAGAAACUAUCACAUGCCAAAGAGGAGAAUCUGGGCAUGCAUCAAGUCCUGGACCAGACCCUGCAGGAGUUGAACAGCUUAUAAACACACACAGAGGAAGUUGGAGAGGAUGAGAUCGUCAUGUAACAUUCCAUUAAUGUUCGACUCCAUUCCACAUUUCGAGCUGUAAAAUCUCUGUUCCCUGCGUAAAGGGGGAUUAACUUAAUGCUUGUCCCUUGAUGUUUUUUUUUUUUCUAAGGCACAACUUUGUUUUUUCUUUUUUUUUUUUUUUCUUUUUUUUUUGUGUAUGAUGGGAGACUCCCCGUCGCUUCUUUUGUAUCUCCAGCUGUGAUUGCAGAAAUUCUCUCCUGGAAUGAUUUUGACCACUUUAAAUAGAAACAACUGGCAGUUAAUAUGCCCAAAGAAACCUCAGAUCCGGUCACUCAACCACUUAAACUGGCUCAAUUUGACAUUUUAUGUGCACAUACAUUAAGCCUGUCCAAUUAUUUUAAUGCAUAGGCUACAGAUGGCAUUGGGUUUAACUGCAGUCUACAUAAGCAUGGCUCUGAAGUGCCACCCAGUGGGUAAAUGAAGUUAGUGAACAGUGAGUUUUCUGUUCCUGUCUCAGCAGUAUCCUCUUAAAUCCACGUUUGUGUUUAAACAGCGUGAUGGUCAAAUGGACAGGUGACCUUAUGGAAAGGUUUCAGUGAUAACUACGCAAGUCACUCUAGGCUUCUUUACAGUUAAUUAGGAAGUAACACCUCCUCUGCAAAUCCCUGAUGAUCAUGAACACCUACAUGUGGAAGGCGCGCAGAAAAAUACAGUGCGAUGUCAAGUUUUUUCUGCUCCCUUCCUGGUGCGGGAAUCUGUAGAAUCUGAGCACUGUGCAUAUCUUAACUGGUCUACCUUUCUUUUAGUCUGACCUGUCUAUUUACACCAUCAGCAUCAUUGCCAACAAUACGCCAUAAUGUAGCCAAUAUUUACUAGAUUUACAAUAUAUGGUAUUGCAUGAGCGAGCUAAACCCCAAACCACUGGAAGCUCUGUCAAGUUUUAUCAACCAUGGAUACUUAUUGUAUAUAGUAGAAUAAUGUUAGGUAUGUGGAAAGUUGUAUUGCUUUUGAUUUUUUUUUUUUUUUCUUUUUUUGUUUCAUUUACACCACUUCUUUAUGCCAGGGGAACUCUCAAGACCAAAGAACACUCAUAACACAGACAAUAAAUUCUUAAAAUGUUUUAUUUUUGUUUGUGAUGGUCGUCAUGGUUUCAUCUCAUGCCAGGGCCAUGAUAAAGCGCCUCACAUUUGAUUGAGACCAUUCUGAAAUAUUUCAUUCACCAACCCCCACCCCCCUCUAUGUCAACCUAAUAAAUGUUUUACAGAAA